UAGAUAGGUCUAGAAGUUCUCGUAGGGUUCAGAGGUACUCAGUUGUUGGGACAUGGCCCUCAGCUGUUGCGAGGGUUAUGUCCGGUACACGUAUUGGGCGGUGGCGGGAGGACCUGCUGCCUCGAACACACAUAAUGGCUGAGCGCAGGGUGGCAAAGGAUAGUCGGCAUCUCGUCCGUUGUGUGUAUCUGCGCGGAUUACGUGUAAGCGCCUCUAUGAACCGCGCCCCCUCCGCAUAAGCGCUUAUCGAGCGCACAUGCUUGAAAGAUAGAGCAGCAGGAGCGAGCUGAGCGAGAGAGCUUCAGUAUAAUAGCUUCCCCAUUCUGCAGAAACCACUAUAUAGAGCGGGAAAAACGAUGAAGACUGGCUACAGCGUGAUGCCGUCGAGGGCAGACGAUACGGAUGGGGCUGAACCUGACCUCGGCAUCUAUCGCCCGAAAAGAUCGAUUCUGCCAAGAAUAUGCAUUGCCAUACUGUUGGUCCUCCUGUUUGCAGCAACAGUACUCUUUGUGGUCUUUGUGGUGCUGUACGCGCUCAACACAUCUUCUUCUUCAGCAUCAACAUCUCCCUUUCCUCCUCCUACCCCCACAUCUAAUGUGUGUGUGAGUGAGGCUUGCCUGGAUCUGGCAGUGCAGAUCAAGGGGGCCAUGGACGAGAGCAUUGAUCCCUGCGAGGACUUCUACAACUUUACCUGUGGUAACUGGCCCGCCUUCAACCACAUCCCUGAAGGUCUGUAUGGGACAGGAGCACUAGAAACAGCAGCAGUAUGCUGUGUACAGUGACUUGGCUAAGGUUCUGGAGACAAAUUUCACGGGAGGGAACAAGGUCCUGACUCAGUUGUCAAGCUUCUACAACUCCUGCAUCGCCGCUCAGAUGAUGAAUGAGACGGAAUUUGUCGAUCGUCUUGUGCCCAUCAUUAGAAAGUUUUACCAAGAGCUUGGUGGGUGGAGUUUGGUGAAUAUACCUGGCGAUGGAACGGUGUGGAGUGUCAACAGCUCCCAGUUCAUUAGAGAGAAAAUGACAGGGAGCGACGCAUUCUACAGUCUCAGUGUCGGGUUUGAUGAAGAUGCUCGCCAGUAUUCAUUGGUUAUCGAGCAAGCUGGACUAAGUCUUGAAGAUCCAGAAAUGUACAAUGACACCAACUCAACGGAAAUGUUGCUAUAUGAGAUGGAGAUAAUUCUGACAGAACUGGCUCAGGGCCCUAUUCCUAAUGGGUCUAAUGGGUCUAGUGGGUCGUUGUACCAGAUUUUGGAAUUUGAAUAUGCCCUGGCACAAAUUUGGGAAGACGCUGAAGAUGAUACAAACAAUACCUACACAGUUAAAGAGCUCUACAAACUGUGGCCAAACCAUGACUGGCUAGGAGUGUUAAAGGGAGUUCUUGGACCAUCAGGAGUAGACGUCAAACUCUCUUCUAAUGUGACUGUGGAAACUCCCAAUUACUUCAGGCGGUUGACUGAACUAGUGGAGAACACUGACGAUAAAACUCUGGAGAACUAUGCCAAGUGGAGCAUGACGUGGCAGUUGGCUGAGAUCUUUGUCCCAGACGCCACCAUCAGAGAGAGUCUGAUUCUCUUCAGACAGCUGGUACUGGGGAAACCAUCCAUGGACGAGCAACAAGAGUGUGUCCAAAUUGUGGAACAAGUGCUCCCGUUGGCUCUGGGUAGAGUCUAUGCUCAAUACCUUCUCCCUGAUGGUUUCAAAAAGGCUGGUGUUGAGCUGGUGGCUGGAGUAAGGGCAGGUCUCAAACAGAGGAUGAUGGAUGUUGACUGGCUGGAUGAUGAGACCAGGAAACUGUCCAUUGAGAAGCUGGAGGCCAUUCAGUCAAGAGUUGCAUACCCAAAUAUGACAUUCAAUGACAGCUUUCUGAAUAUGCUCUACGGCAUGUACAAGUUUAACAAGGACCAGUAUGUUGAAAACUUCUUGGAGUUCAUCAACAUCUCUGUACGCCAGCAGUUCUCACUCAUCUACAAGCCUCUUGACAGAAACAUGUGGCUGGAUUCCCCUACUACAGUAAACGCCUAUUACAUAGCAGUCUUCAAUCAAAUAUCAAUUCUUGAGGCUAUAAUGCGGACUCCGUCUUUUAGUGAUGAGUGGCCACUGUAAGGAAAUGCUUGGUCAAAUUAUUUUAUGUUGUACGCUGAUGUUUGUAUAUAGGUCGGUUCAGUACGGUGCUCUGGGGAUGGUAUUGGGACACGAAUUUACUCACGGAUUUGACAAUAAUGGUCGUCAGUAUGAUAAGAAUGGUCGUAAGAGAAUGUGGUGGAGUAAGGAGGCAAUAGAGAAAUUCAAGGAAAGGGCUCAGUGUUUUGUGAAGCAAUACUCUCAUUAUGAGAUGUUUGGAAUACCAGUAA